AUGGCUGCUGCUCCGGUGGUUGUGCCGCGCAUGAAGCUGGGCUCGCAGGGGCUGGAGGUCUCGGCGCAGGGCCUCGGCUGCAUGGGCAUGUCCGCGGCCUACGGCGAGCGCAAGCCCGACCAGGACAUGAUCGCGCUCCUCCGCAACGCCGUCGCCGCCGGCGUCACCUUCCUGGACACCUCCGACAUCUACGGCCCCCACACCAACGAGCUCUUGCUCGGGAAGGCGCUGCAGGGAGGGGCGAGGGAGAAGGUCCAGUUGGCCAUGAAAUUCGGCAUCACGCCGGCCCGGGAGGUCCGCGGCGACCCGGCGUACGUGCGGGCGGCGUGCGAGGGCAGCCUCGCUCGGCUCGGCUUCGAAUGCAUCGACCUCUACUACCAGCACCGCAUUGACAAGAAUGUUCCCGUCGAGAUCACGGUCAGUCCCUACUACGUAGUAGCACUUGUUCAGAUGGGUGAGAUCAAGAAACUAGUCCAAGAAGGAAAGGUGAAAUACGUCGGGUUGUCGGAAGCCUCGGCGUCGACAAUCAGAAGGGCACAUGCAGUUCAUCCGAUCACUGCCGUUCAGCUGGAGUGGUCUUUGUGGUCAAGAGAUGUUGAAGAAGAUAUAAUACCAACUUGCAGAGAAGUUGGCAUUGGAAUUGUUGCGUACAGUCCACUAGGCAGAGGUUUUCUAUCCACUGGACCAAAACUGUUGGACACAUUACCAGAGAACGAUUUCCGCAAGAAUCUCCCAAGAUUUCAACCCGAGAACAUGGAGAAGAACGCGGCGAUAUUCGAGCGCGUGAGCAAGAUGGCUGCGAGGAAGGGUUGCACGUCGUCCCAGCUCGCGUUGGCUUGGGUUCACCAUCAGGGAAGCGAUGUGUGUCCUAUACCUGGCACAACGAAAGUUGAGAAUCUCAAGCAGAACGUGAGAGCGCUUUCUGUGGAGCUCAUGGCUGAGGAGAUGGUUGAGCUCGAGUCCUAUGCCGCCAUGGAUGCGGUCCAAGGUGAUCGCUACCACAUCACGUUCCUCAACACCUGGAAGGACUCCGGGACUCCUCCCCUGUCAUCCUGGAAAGCCACUUAA